AUGUCUUUUCGUGUGGUGCGCAGCAGUAAGUUCCGCCACGUUUACGGAACAUCACUUAAACGAGAGCAAUGCUACGACAACAUCAGAGUUUCCAAGUCUUCCUGGGACUCCACCUUUUGCGCUGUCAAUCCAAAGUUCCUUGCGAUCAUCGUUGAAUCCGCAGGAGGUGGUGCUUUCAUCGUUUUACCUCAUAAUAAGGUAGGCAGGAUAUCCGCCGACCAUCCAUUGGUUGGUGGCCACAAAGGUCCUGUCUUAGAUAUUGCAUGGUGCCCACAUAAUGACAAUGUCAUUGCCUCAGGUUCUGAGGAUUGUGUCGUUAAAGUAUGGCAAAUUCCUGACGGAGGAAUAUCACGCACGCUUACGGAACCUGUUGUGGAUCUUCAAUUACAUCAAAGAAGAGUUGGUCUAGUAUUAUGGCAUCCAACAGCUCUCAAUGUUCUACUUACUGCUGGUUCCGAUAAUCUCGUUGUCAUCUGGAAUGUUGGAACUGGAGAAGCACUAGUGAAAAUGAACUGUCAUCCAGAUGUUGUUUAUUCUGCAUGUUGGAAUUGGGAUGGUUCCAAGCUUGUUACAACCUGUAAAGAUAAAAAAAUCCGUAUUUUAGAUCCUAGAACUGGGGAUAUAUUAGAAGAAGCAAUUGCCCACGAAGGAAGUAAAGCAACACGGGCUAUUUUCCUCAGAGGUGGCCUUAUUUUCACAACGGGCUUCAGUAAAACAUCAGAUCGGCAGUAUUCAUUAAGGGCCCCCGAUAUGCUUGGAGAGCCAAUCGUUAUGGUGGAAUUAGAUUCAAGUAAUGGAGUAAUGUUUCCUUUAUAUGAUCCAGAUACAAGUCUUGUAUAUCUUUGUGGUAAAGGAGACUCAGUGAUACGGUACUUCGAGAUAACGCCUGAACCACCCUUUGUUCACUACAUCAAUACCUUCCAAACACCUGACCCUCAAAGAGGAAUUGGAAUGAUGCCAAAACGUGGCUGUGACGUUAACAGUUGUGAAAUUGCACGGUUUUAUCGUUUAAAUAAUUCUGGUUUCUGUCAAGUCAUAUCUAUGACAGUUCCUCGAAAGUCUGAACUCUUCCAAGAAGACUUAUAUCCUGAUACACCAGGAGAUACUGCGGCUAUAUCAGCUGAAGAGUGGGCUGCUGGUACUGAUGCUGAACCGAUUUCUAUAUCUUUGAGAGAUGGUUAUCAACCUUCCACAUCGAAAAAUGAAUUAAAAGUCACCAAAAAAGCUAAUGUUCUUGGCAAAAGUACCAAAGUUGGAGCUAAUGCAGCUCAAAAUUCAUCACAAAAUAGCGGAGUUUCUGAGGAUGUCAUUAAAGAGUUGAGAGAUGAAAUUAGAAAACUAAAAGCACUAAUUAUUAAACAUGAAACGAGAAUUCGAGUAUUGGAAUCAGCAGUGAGACUUCAAAUGAAGGAAGAAGAGGAAAGAAAUGAAAAUAAUGCUCCAUCUGUAGAUAGGGAUUAUCUAGCGGCGGAUGAAGUGUGAUUUCCUUGAAGAAUUUUUUAUAAAAAUUUUAGCAUGAAAAAAAUUUUGUGAUGUUUUUCUUUUAAUGAAGAAAAGAAAAAUAUACACGAGAAGAAUAAGAAGAUCGUACUAUAUUUUGAUAAUACGAAAAAUUCGUGUAAAUAUUAGAUAGUUAGCCGAGUUGCCUUAUAUUCCGAUCACUUUUGCUACGAUCUUUGUUAUUUAUUAUAUUGUACAUCUUAAAUCAUUGUGCCUAAUUCUUACUUGUUUUUACUAUCUUGACAUUACUAUAUUCACUCAUUUUUUAACAGCUCAACAAAGCAUCUCGUUACCUGCUAAUAAUAUCAUUAACAUAAUCAUGUUAUUAUAUAUGUAACGUUAUUUUUUGAAUUUUUAAAACCGUAUAUACCACUUAAUUAAUUUUAAGUGAUUUGAGCACAACGAGUGACUCAAUUUGUAUAAAAAUAAUUUUUUCUUGUAAAAUAAUGUCAAUAAGAGAUAAAUUGAAAAGUUUAUUUGUUUAAAUCAAAGUGCGAUCUAUUUUAAACAUUAGUGCCAAUGUUGAAAAUAUUUUU